CUCUGAGCCUUCAAUUCAGAAUUUCCGUCUUGUGAUACCCCUUGUUGUACGGCCAUUGUGUUGUCCAAAAUCCUGCAGGUUAUCGCACUCCGUGUUAGACGCCGUCCAGUCUCCUCAAUUUACAUCUGUCUUGCACCCGUCUUCGGCUGCACCGAGUACCAUAAUACUUCACGUCUGGGCUUAGGUGUACCGGACGUCCAACUACGUCUUCGCCACGGCUGUACUAUCCCAGAACCCGCGGGACAGCUUUGUUCUGCCUCCGCAUCUCCUCGCUAUGCAGCAACACGAUCCUGCCUCGACGGCCCCGAACGGGCCUCGCCUCCAAACCAGUUUCCAGAGGCAGAUGAAUGGCCAUACUGGCUUCUCCCAUGGGGCCUUUAACACCAACCAACCUGGUUAUGCGGAUAGACACCCGGAGAGAUCCAAUAUUCCCAACAUCAAUACCAACAGGCUGGUGCAGAAUGGCCAGAAUGGCGCUGACUUGCAAACCCCUGGGACGGGAUUUGACAUGAAUUUCACUCCGUUACUUCCAUCUCAGUUGCUUCUGGGCAGUCCCUUCCAGCCGGGAUCACCUUCGGCAUUUGCUUCGCCGCAGUUCCAAAACUUCGCUUCGUUCACUGGCCAAAACCAGUCGCAGCCCCAGCACAACCAGCAGAAUAUUGGAAGCCCUGUCCAGAUGCAGCAACCGCUUUCCCCCGGGCUGUACCCGAACUUGGUCUCUCCCACGGCCCUGAACGGUGGCUUCUUCGCAGGACCCCAGUCUCCUACCGGCGCAUACUCUGGCUUUGGUGCUCAGGGUCUAGGCGGUCUUGGCUCAUCCCUUCCUAUCGCUCCCGGUCUGAUCUCAGGAACGAGCCGGACCGUGUAUCUGGGUAAUAUUCCGCCUGAGACUUCAGCCGAGGAGAUUUUGGGUCAUGUGCGAAGCGGUCAGAUUGAGUCCGUCAGGCUGUUGCCCGACAAGAAUUGUGCUUUCAUAUCUUUCCUCGACAGCAGCUCGGCCACCCAUUUCCAUUCCGACGCCAUCCUUAAGAAGCUGUCUAUCCGCGGCCAAGACAUCAAGAUCGGAUGGGGAAAGCCAUCCCAGGUUCCCACAUCGGUUGCUCUCGCCGUUCAGCAAUCUGGUGCCUCUCGUAAUGUCUAUCUUGGUAACCUGCCAGAAGAUGUCACUGAAGACGAGCUGCGUGAGGAUCUGAGCAAGUUUGGUCCUAUCGAUACCAUCAAGAUCGUUCGCGAAAAAGCUAUCGGUUUCGUUCAUUUCUUGUCCAUUUCUAACGCUAUCAAAGCUGUCGCUCAGCUUCCUCAGGAGCCCAAGUGGCAGCCGCCGAGAAGGGUCUACUACGGGAAGGAUCGGUGCGCGUAUGUUUCGAAGACGCAGCAGCAGAAUGCUGCUCAAUACUUGGGAAUUGCGCCUGGUUACUCUCACAUAUUGAGCGGGGCUGAUCGAGACUUGAUCUCCAAUGCACUUGCACAGCAGUCGGUUGCUGCUGCAGCAGUUGCUACGUCAGCCGGCGGCGUCAACAAUCUGGGGAACAGAACCGUCUACUUGGGUAAUAUCCACCCCGAGACGACUAUCGAGGAGAUCUGCAAUGUUGUACGAGGCGGUCUGUUGCACCAUAUCCGAUAUAUUCCCGACAAGCAUAUUUGCUUCGUCACCUUCAUUGACCCAACCUCGGCCGCCUCAUUCUAUGCUUUGAGCAACCUGCAAGGCCUGAUGAUUCACAACCGACGGCUUAAGAUUGGCUGGGGAAAGCAUUCGGGGGCCCUACCUCCUGCCAUUGCCCUGGCCGUCAGCGGUGGCGCUUCCCGCAACGUUUAUAUCGGAAAUCUUGACGAGUCCUGGACGGAGGACCGCUUGAGACAGGAUUUCUCCGAAUAUGGUGAAAUCGAACUUGUUAACACCCUCCGUGAGAAGAGCUGCGCGUUCGUCAACUUCACGAACAUUGCCAAUGCAAUCAAGGCCAUUGAGGCUGUCCGGGGUCGUGAAGAGUACAAACGGUUCAAGGUCAACUUUGGAAAAGACCGUUGCGGGAACCCUCCUCGACAGCUCAAUUCCAACCAAAAUCAACAGCCGCGCGCCGGUAGCGAUGGCGUACAGUCACCGUCCCCUAUCAACGGCCUGCAGCCUAAUCGUGGCCAACCAGGACCCUCUGUUUCUCCCACCGGCUCAGGCGCCCCUGGAUCUGGAGGAAGUACGAAUGGCCAGUUCCCAGCCAUCCAGGCACCAGCAAGCAUCCUGAACACAGGCGCUAAUAACCCUCUGAUGAUGUAUCUCCAGGCGCAGCAGAACCAGCAACAACAGCAACAAGUCGAAGCGGUCAUGCAGCAACAGCAACAGCAACAGCAGGCAGCACAACAGCAGGCAGCGCAACAGCAGCAGCAACAACAACAGCAGCAGCAGCAGCAGCAGCAGCAACAGUCUUUUGCGUCUCAACAAGCGGCGUUCUAUGGUGCCGAUAUGAACUCGAACUCAAAUCCCCAGCCUCACCAAUCCCACACCGCACACAAUAGCACCUCUAGUUUCAGCUUGAUCAACGGUACCUCGAAUGGCUCGGGCCCAACUACUGUCGGCGGGCUAUUGGCGCCCUCCAACCUGAAUGCUCGCGCCCAACACGCCCGCGCUGUGAGCCUUCCUGUGUUCACGCAAGGACCCUUCACACAGCCACUGCAGCAAUCUCAAGCCCCCCAGCAAAGCUCGUUUGGCAGCCUAAGCUCCGGCAUCGGUGGCUUCGGUAGUGGAAAUGGUGGCUAUGGCCUCGCAAUUCAGGGCGAUGGAGGCCUUCCCGGAUGGGCUGAAGAGGAUGCGGACGGUCACCACUAGACAACAGAAGGAUGACACAAAGGACUUCUCUUCCACUUCUCUGUGCGAUACUUCUUUGAUCACUCGGCUUAGCACUCCCACUCAUCUCACGAGGAGUAUUCGAUUUCCCGCUAUAUCCCUGCAUUUGCCUGGUUUCGGUCUCGGUUCGGGUUAUGUUACUGAGAUAUGUUGUUGU